AUGAGCCACGAGCCAGUCCUUGUUGCUCGCCAGCUGGAUCCUACGCUCUACGAACUGGCAGAAAAUGAAACUGCAUUCUUUAAAGCUCAAACUGGAAUAGAAGACGACGCCAUGCUCAAGAGUCAUAUUCUUACUAUCCAAGACGCGGCGUACAAGGUGUAUCCUUAUCCGUGCAUUCGCCAUUUCUCCUUUACCAGGUUAAAUAUUUCGAGGCAGCCGUGCUAUCAACAGUUCUUGAACCUCGGAAAAGAUCGGAAGGGAGCAAUCUAUGCAGACAUUGGAUGUUGCUUCGGUAAUGACCCCAGAAAGGCGGUCGCAGAUGGAUAUCCGGUGGAACAAGUCAUAGCUUCCGAUUUGCAUCCUGAAUUUUGGGAACUCGGACAUAGACUCUUCAAGAGCACAGCUGAGACUUUCCCAGCACGCUUCAUCCCUGAAGACAUCUUUCAGUUGAAAAGUCUGACGAGGGACGGCGUCCCUGUCCUUGGCAUCCCGGAGCUCCCCAAAGUACAGUCCUUAGCUGAGCUCCGAGGAAACAUCUCCGCCAUCCACAUCUCGUCAUUUUUCCAUCUCUUCGACGAAGAGAGGCAAUACGAAGUCGCGAAGAUUAUUGCGGCGUUACUGUCAUCUGAGCCGGGGUCUAUGAUAUUUGGAUCACAUGUUGGUCGGCGCGAGAAAGGUUUGCAUACCGUCAGGGUCGAUUCCACGAGCGGUCACAGCAACAACGCGUUCUUCCACUCUCCUGAGAGUUGGCGAACACUGUGGGAUGGAGAUAUAUUUCCCAAGGGCAAUGUUCACGUUGAUGUCGUCUUGCGUGAACGUGGAAGCGUACAUACUAUCCUCGAUCUCGGCGUUGAAGUGUACCACCUCGUUUGGUGCAUAACGGUGCUGUAAAAUAGGUCUCUUGGGUUUGUACAACAUCAAUAGAAGGGGGCGUACUUUUAUAUCAGCGAAGUUUGGGGGACCUGUCGAUACUAACUCGUUAUCUGUACCACGAGAUCUCAAGUUAGUAUUCGUGGCUGCGAAUAAACCUCGUGCGAAUCGAAAAUAGUCCAUGAAUUCCCUCAGGGUUGCGUAAAUGCGUAGACAUUGCCGUACCAUCAGGGUCUCGAUGUUGGAGAGUUUGAAGUUUCAUUGGGACAGAAAUUGUUGAAUCGUGAAGCCAGCUCUAACCUCUUUGACUUCCUCUUGUCUUCAAACAUGAAAUGCGGGAUGAAGGCAGUCUACCGUCUUAUGUGGCGUGCGAUGGUACUGAC